GAAGCAGCCCAACCCUUUGACAGCACAUUGGCAAAAUGGCAGGCCAGGACCUCGCACCGAAAUUCGAGACUCUCCAGCUCCAUGCUGGCCAAGAUCCAGAUCCAACCACGAAAUCACGAGCCGUACCAAUCUAUGCAACCACUUCAUACACCUUCAAUGACUCGGCACACGGAGCCAGGCUUUUCGGCCUGAAAGAGUUUGGCAACAUCUACUCGCGCAUCAUGAAUCCAACGGUCGAUGUUUUCGAAAAGCGCAUUGCUGCUCUCGAAGGCGGCGUGGCUGCUCUUGCUGCAUCUUCUGGCCAAGCCGCUCAGUUCAUGACUAUUGCCGCCCUUGCACACGCCGGAGACAACAUCAUCUCCACCUCCAACCUCUACGGAGGCACCUAUAACCAGUUCAAGGUCUUCAUGCCAAGGCUCGGGAUUCACACCAAGUUCGUCAACGGAGACGAUCCAGCUGGCUUCAAAGAGCUCAUCGAUGACAAGACGAAGGCCAUCUAUGUGGAAUCCAUUGGCAACCCAAAAUACAACAUCCCAGACUUGGAAGAAAUUGUCAAGGUCGCACAUGACGCAGGCAUUCCCGUCGUAGUAGACAACACAUUUGGUGCUGGUGGCUACUUCAUUCGUCCAAUCGACCAUGGUGCAGACAUUGUUGUUCACAGCGCGACCAAGUGGAUUGGCGGCCACGGAACCACAAUUGGUGGCGUGGUGGUUGACGCAGGCAAGUUUGAUUGGGGUACUCCACAGGCACGAAAGCGCUUCCCACAGAUGAGCGAGCCUUCUGAUGGAUACCACGGACUCAGGUUCUGGGAUACAUUUGGUCCAAUCACUUUCAUCAUCCGCCUUCGAGUCGAGAUUCUCCGUGAUCUUGGCUCGUCAUUGAAUCCAUUCGCUGCUCAGCAACUCCUCCUUGGUAUCGAGACUCUCAGCUUGCGUGCAGAGAGGCAUGCGGAGAAUGCGCUCAAGCUUGCCAAAUGGCUGGAGAGCAACGAGAACGUUGCGUGGGUCAGCUAUCCAGGGCUCGAGAGCCACAAGAGCCAUCAGCUUGCUAAGAAGUAUCUUCCAAGAGGCUUCGGCGGUGUUCUGUCUUUCGGCGUCAAGGGCGGUGGCGUUGCUGGUAGCCAAGUCGUCGAUGGCUUCAAGCUGAUCUCCAAUCUGGCAAACGUUGGAGACUCCAAGACUCUUGCCAUUCACCCAUGGACUACGACCCACGAGCAGCUCAGUGACGACGAGAAGAUUAGCAGCGGUGUGACUGAGGAUCUCAUCCGUAUCUCAGUCGGAACCGAGCACAUCGACGACAUCAUUGCCGACUUCACGCAGUCCUUCGCGAAUGCCGCGACAAAGCCAGAAGAGAAGGGC